AUGGUCGUCAUAUUUUCAUGCAGUCAAAGCGUUGAGGAAAAAUUGCUGCUGGUUGAAGACACAAGUAUUCGCAAGCAGACGCAUCCAGCCCUGAUGAGGGAGCUCAACAAGCGUCAUGUCAAGGCUGAAGCAUCUGGGUGGAGAGCUCUUGCGCUUGAUCUGGAGGCUGUGAGAUUUGUUGAAGGGCCGUGGACAGCAAGCGACAACGAGCAGCGCGUGUCUCAAGUUGCUCAUUUCAUUCACUACUACGACUCUUCUAUCAGACCUCUGCAUGCCUGCAAGAUUGAAGCCUUUCUCAACAAGAAUCCAGGGCACACAGCACUUGUUCAUGUCAAGAACUCAGAGACUCUCUCAAGAUCUUUCCCUGUCAAGUCAGAGAGGGUUCAGCUUCGGGUCAUCAACCUGACUGAAGACUUUCAUGCGACGCCCAUGGAGGAAUGGUUCCAAUCAGGUGUAUGGCAGACCGCCCUUCACAAGGCUUUAGACUUGUGCGAUGGUCUUCGGCUUGCGAUCAUCUACAAGUACGGAGGUCGCAGCUGCUACGUCGACCUGGAUAUGGUCUCUCUCAACAGGAUCGACCACAAUGGGUCAGUGCUGGUUGCGAUGGACGAAGGCCAGAGGUCAACGUGGGAGACGCCCUGGGGAGCGCAUUUCUACCUUGGGACCGAUUUCUUCCAGUUCCCUCCCCGCCACCAGUUCGUGAAUGAUCUGAUGAAGAGUUUGCCUUCCCAUUUCUCUCCGUCUGGAUACGCGCUCCUGGGUCCAUCCUUGUUCAGCGCAGUUUACCAAGACAAGUGCCUGAGGGAGAAUGAGACUCGACCAUCCUACUGCAACUCGAUGACGAUCUUGGAGCCCAAGGCUUUCCAUCCCGUCAACAUGUUCAAUAGGUUGAGGAGGAAUGAUGAGGGGCAGGGCAAUGACUUGCAAGACAACAGCGUCGUUUUGUCGUUCCCUUGGACUGAAAGAUGCACGCAAAUCAAGGAGAUCAUUCAGUCUUCGAUCGGCAUGCAUAUGUGGGAUACCAAACGAGGCUCCCUCAACCUUGACUUGUCAACCAACUCGAUGUUGGCGAAGAUCACUCAAGUCACUUGCCCUCUCUCUUAUCAGCUCACGUCUCAAAGGGCCAGCGACCGCCGACAGCAGGUGGAAGGGAGCGAGCUCUGGGAUCGACCAGACCUCGUCCCCCGGAGGAUGCACCUCAUCGAGUCUGUUCGAAGGAGCGCGAGGGCAGGAGACAAGAAUCUCUCCUCCUCUGUCCUUCACUUGACCCUCCUCGCACGGGAGCUGAGGGAGAAGGCUGACGUGGAGGAGAGCCCGAAGGUCUUUUCGCAGCUGUACCGCGAGGCUCUUCUCCUCUCCUCCCUCGCGCUGCGCCUGCGACCAAAGGACCCUUGGGCCCUCAAGGAGGCCGAGGAGGCCGGGGGCUCGCUGACGAGGAAGUGGAGGAGAAGACUGUUAGCGCUCCAUCAUUCUCGUCUGCCUCAUCGCUUCUUGCCGUCGUGA